AUGCGGAAUCUCGCUCUACUUCUCGCCACGGCGGUUACUUCCCUCGCUGCUACAGUCACCGUCACAGAGGUUGCAAACCUUACACUAGCCGCAAAUGCCAGUACCGAGGUCUUCGACAAGGCUGCCAAGGUCUUCCUUGCGCAACCUGGCGCAGUAAAAUUCCGCAGCUCUCGACUCGUCGAGAAUAGCGACAGCUUCCGUCUGUUCGUCGACUGGGAAACGAUUGAGGCAAGCCACGCUUUCGCCAAAACGAAGGCAUACAAGCACCUCCAGAAGGAAAUUCAGCAUGUCCUAGCGAAAGACCCUGUGUACUACCACGUUGCAUUCGAGCCCUCGCCACCGGUUGUCUUCGAUAACUAUGAAGGCAAGGGCGAGUCACCUUUCACCGAGUUCCUGAACUUCUUCUUUCCCGGCGGUGAUGGCUACAACAGCACGCGGGAAGCCAACGUAACGGAGACUAUGACUGCCAUCCUAGAGAAGUACGCUCCUACUGCGGACGGCUUCACAGGACACACCGCUCUGGGCUGGGGUCUCGACGAGAUCGCGUACAUGGGGGCGCAGCGCCGUGUCUUCGCAAUUGGUGUGGGUUGGGAAUCGGUGGAGGCUCACGAAACGUGGGAGAAAACUCCGGCGUACGCGGAAUUCCUUCCUCAGCUGUUAGGCUUGGACAGCCUUAUUGGUAUUGAGAUGCGCCAUGUGAGCAACAAGAUCGUGAAGAAAGCCGAGGCCUAG